AUGGAAUCCUCGUUCGUAGACAUUGAGGAUGAUCGGCCGACAACCCCUGGGACCGGACCGGAGUCCGGAGGGGAGAGGCCGAAUCCACUAACGUACCCGAAAAGCACCAAGCCAUUCAGUCAGGACCUGUUCGAGAGCCCAACAACAGAGUAUCGCGGGUGCCCAUUAUGGGCAUGGAACGGGACGUUGGAAAAGAAGAGGCUGCUGCGCCAAAUUGACUACCUCGAGGAGAUGGGCAUGGGUGGAUUUCACAUGCAUGUACGGACCGGACUUGAUACCGCCUACAUGGGCCCGGAGUUUAUGGAUCGGGUGCGGGACUGCGUCGACCAUGCCGAGAGCAAAGGCAUGCUCGCCUGCUUAUACGACGAUGACCGAUGGCCGUCUGGGGUUGCUGGGGGCAAGGUGAUUGAACAGUACCCCGAACACAAGACUAAGCACAUCUUGUUCACGAUUCAUCCUUAUGGGACGGUCGACUUAGGAGGUGAGGAGGGAUACCUCCUCGCGAAAUUCUCAGUUACUCUGGAUGAAAAUGGACGACUCAUAUCAAGCCGCAAGCUGGAUGAUGAUGAGGAUGCCGAUCCUGGGGGUAGGGUAUGGUACGCCUACGUCGAGCACAAUCCGCCGUCACCUUGGUUCAACGGCCAGACGUACAUCGACACGAUGAGCACUGAAGCCAUGGGCCGCUUCAUUGAGAGCACUCAUGAGGUGUACAAGACUGCGGUUGGAGACAGGUUCGGCUCGACGGUGCCGUGCAUCUUCACGGACGAGCCCCAGGUUGCCAUCAAGAGUCAACUAUCCAGCCCUGAUGGCCUCGAAGAUGUCUUCAUGCCAUGGACGCAGGACCUGCCCGAUACUUUCAAGGAUGCGUUUGGCAGCGACGCCAACCUGAUCAGCGGGAUUCCAGAGCUUUUCUGGGACCUUCCAGGAGACACACCAAGUUUGACACGCUACCGCUUCCAUGACCACGUAAGUGAUCGCUUCGUCACCUCGUUCCUUGACCUUCUCAGCACCUGGUGCAAGAAGAAUAAAAUCCUUUUGAAUGGUCAUAUGAUGGAAGAGCCGACACUCCGACUACAAACAACCGCCCACGGCGAGGCCAUGCGAUGCUACCGAAAUCAGUCACUGCCCGGGAUGGACCUCCUUAAUGACGGGGUAGAGUACAACACCGCGAAACAAUGCACCAGCGUCGCGCGCCAAAACGGGAUACGCGGGGCUAUGAGCGAGAUCUACGGCUGCACGCACUGGUACUUCAGCUUUGAGGGGCACAAGGGCUGCGGAGACUGGCAGGCCGCCCUCGGCAUCACGUUCCGAGUACAGCACUUGAGCUGGUACAGCAUGGCGGGCGAGGCAAAGCGGGAUUUUCCUGCGAGCAUCAACUAUCAGAGCCCGUGGUACAAGGAGUACAAGUAUAUCGAAGACCACUUCGCCAGAGUCGGCGUCGCCAUGACCCGCGGGCGCGCCGUGACGCGAGUGGCCGUUAUUCACCCCAUCGAAAGCGCUUGGCUUUGUUUCGGACCUAACAAUAGUGGCGAUGACGAACUCGGGCGACGGGAUCAGUACUUCGCUGAGUUGACGAACUGGCUGCUUCAAGGGCUGGUCGACUUUGACUUCAUCGCGGAGAGUCUGUUACCCAGCCAGAUCGGAGAGGAUGUGUCUGCACCACUGAAAGUUGGCCAUUGUAGUUACGAUGUGGUCAUUUUACCUCAGCUGAGAACCAUUCGCUCAACUACGCUCAGCAUUGUCAAGAGGUUCGCCGCUGCUGGGGGCAAGGUCAUUAUCGCUGGUAAUGGGCCAAGCCUAGUUGACGCCCAGGCCGUAUCCCCGGAUUUGAGCCUGGACAUUGAGCCCUGUACGAAGUUGGCAUGGGAUCAGGCUGAAAUAUUGAACAACCUCUCCGAGAACCGGGAUGUGGCCGUUGAAGUGAAGGAUGGAAAGCCGGCACAAACUCUGCUUUAUCAGAUGCGUGAAGAUGGCGAAGAAAGAUUUGUCUUCAUCUGCAAUACGGACCGUAGCAAGCCCCACGAUACCACGGUCAAGAUCAAAGGCGACUGGGAAGUUGAAGUCUUGGACACAUUCAAGGGCUCAACGCAUCAGCACAAGGCAGAAAUUGACGGAGGCUGGACAGUCUUCGACCACAGGUUUGAAGGAUGUUCCAGCCUGUUGCUCCGUUUAUCUGCGGUGCCAGCUGAAAAGCUCUCCUUCGUCGAUAUUGCCGGCGCUGUGACUUUGUCACCACCGAAAGCGGAGUCAGUCGAGCUGAAACUUGAAGAAGUGGUGUUGUCCGAGCCGAACGUCUUGCUAUUGGACUACGCCUGCUACAGAAUUGACGACGAGCCAUGGGAAGACUCAAAUCGCCAAGAGAUUCUCAAGAUUGACAACGAGAUCCGAUCUCGGCUACGACUGCCGGCAAAGGGCAUGGCAUGGAAGCAACCAUGGAGUAUCCCCCCAUCAAAACGCUUGCCAAGGGUCUACGUUGACCUCCGCUUCGAGUUCGAAUCAGAGCUCAUUAUCAAAACACCUACAUACUUGGCGAUGGAGAACCCCGAAAACGCCAGAAUUACAAUCAAUGGCCACAAGCUGCCCGUAUAUGACGCGAAGCUGUCUUGGUGGGUAGAUGAGGACAUCAAAACUGUGCCGGUGCCGAAGAGAGCCGUCCGCAAGGGAAAGAACGUCAUUGAGCUCAGUAUGCCGUUUGGUGUGUUGACGAAUCUUGAGAGAAUUUACUUGCUGGGCAGCUUCAGCAUAGAUCUCAAGGACAAAAGGCCGGUUGUGCGAGAACGUCGACAGAGUUUAGGCUGGGGAGACGUUGUUACGCAAGGGCACCCUUUCUACGCGGGCAACGUGACUUACAACUGCAGCUUCUCGCUCAACAAGACAUCGAAUGUUACUCUUUCGAUUCCACAUUUCGCCACGCCUGUUGUCAAGGUUCAGUGGGGCAAGGAGCGAAGCGACCACAUUGCACUUCAGCCCAGGACACUGAGCCUGGGAGAACUAGAAAGCGGAAAGCAUCAUAUGACCAUCACAGCCUUCGGGUGUCGGUACACCGCUUUUGGCCACAUUCACUUGGCUGAUGGAAUCGCGGGGUGCUUUCCCGAUCAAUGGCGAACAUGGAGUGACGAGUACAGGUUGAAGCCCACAGGAGUUUUGGAGAAGCCGUCUCUGCGAGUUGAGCCAAAGGCCGAUGCCGGAGAGGACUGGGUUGUACUGGCCGAAUAG